AUGAACGAACAAGUUCAAUUUACUAAUCCCUAUUGGGAACUCGAAGCACGUUUGUUGGGUGACCUGGGGAUCGAGGCGAUCAUGGCAACUGUGGACUCUUUAUCCGUGGAGGAUAUGAGGACGCUGAUGAAUGAAUUUGAAAAGAACUUCUCUUUUGAUGGGUUCAAGACGAAAGACCUCAUUAGAGCUCUAGAAUUAGAAGCUGUAGCUAAUAUGACUGAAUUUGUUAAGGACAUGACCAUCGUCGUCUUCGUAUUUCUCGACUGGAGCAACGACAUGGAGAAAAUCAUUUCAAAGUCAAGGCCAGCCGCACGUCAAUAUCUAAAUGGUCCGAAAAAUGGCCUUUCUCUUGUAAAAGGUCCAAAGACGGUUCCAGGAUACAACGGCGACAGGCGUUACGAUGUUAAUGGAUUCGGACUUUCACUGUCGCAUGGAAUCCUCUUUUGUGCAGAUUCAGAAGGUCAUGCUGUAACAUUCGAUUUCCAGGUUGAUCCACAUCUCAUGAGAGGUGAUAACGGCAUCGUUGGUCCAUCUACAAUGUAA